UGUAGGGUCUCUGGUAGGUUCCACGUUCAGGCAAGAUGUGGUACCACUGAAACUUCGAUCUGCUUUGAUUCACAUACACUUCACCUCUUCUACUGAGGAGCCUUAUUUUAUUUUAUGGCUUAGGCCUACUGAACUUAUGAAAUCAUGGCAGAAGGAAAGACCGAGUCACCUGGGCCCAAAAAGCGUGGCCCAUACAUUUCCUCCAUCACCAGCCAGAGCGUGAAUGUGGUGAUCCGAGGCGUGGUGCUCUUCUUCAUUGGAGUGUUCCUUGCCUUAGUGUUGAACUUGCUCCAGAUUCAGAGAAACGUGACACUUUUUCCACCUGAUGUGGUCACGAGCAUCUUCUCAUCUGCAUGGUGGGUACCACCUUGCUGCGGCACAGCCUCAGCUGUGAUUGGGUUAUUGUACCCCUGCAUUGACAGGCAUCUAGGAGAACCACAUAAAUUUAAGAGAGAGUGGUCCAGUGUUAUGCGCUGCGUGGCGGUGUUCGUAGGUAUCAAUCAUGCCAGUGCUAAAGUAGACUUCGACAACAACUUCCAGUUUUCCCUCACACUGGCUGCACUGUCAGUAGGGCUGUGGUGGACGUUUGACAGAUCUAGAAGUGGUUUUGGCCUUGGUGUUGGAAUCGCUUUCUUAGCAACUGUUGUCACCCAGCUGCUAGUCUACAAUGGUGUUUAUCAGUACACAUCUCCAGACUUUCUGUAUGUCCGUUCUUGGUUGCCAUGUAUAUUUUUUGCUGGAGGCAUAACAAUGGGGAACAUUGGCCGUCAAUUGGCAAUGUAUGAAUGUAAAGUUAUUCCUGAAAAAUCUCAUCAAGAAUGAAGAAGGCAGAAUCUGUCUUUUCUCUAGGAGGCCAUGGGAAAGCGACGUGUAUAUGAUAGGCACACCAACGAAACUUUGGACUGUAAAAUUGCGAGGAUGCAGUUUUUCCUUGAUUGGUGUGUGUGUGUGUGUGUGUGUGUGACACACACAAUUCUGCAGUCUGUGAUUGCGAUUGCUUCUGUAAAUCAGUUACCAACCUUUCGGUAUUUGAUUUCAAUAAAUGUAAGAUAUAUGUGCACUACAUGAAAGAUAUGUUUAUGAGUACAUGAAACUUCUAAAUUUUUUAAACAUACCAUGCAUUGUAUCACAAUGUUGAUGUGCCAAACUAUGCUAUUACUAUCACAGAGACUAAGGAUGCUUUGAACAAUUAGAAAUUUAGUCAGGCAGAAGAAGAAAGCUAAAAACAAGCAGAAAGCAGCUGGGCAGCUGGCCUUUCCCUCUCACUGACUGUUGUGCCUUUUCCUGAUUCUGAUCAGCUGCGUGCAUUGUGAGCACCCACAUGCGCUUAGUUUCUGUUGCUGUUGUUUCAAAGGUUUAAAUCCUAAAGAUGGGCGGUAACCGUGAACCUCCAUAGGGUGGCAUUAAACCUGCGUCCCUGCAGGGAUCCAAAGAAUACUCUCCUGUGUUGACGGACACUACCAGAGGUGUUUGUGAUGUCAAGGGAGGUUAUGAGCAUGAACCUGCUUUGAGUCUCAAUUUGGCCAAACACCGGUAACUAAAAAUUAGGGGAUUUAACCACAUAAAUGUGUUUGGGGAAUACUGUGUAGCUUUCUCUCUGCCACAGAAGCCAAAGUGAUACCAGCUGUCAUUUGUUAUGAAGUUCCCAGCUUUAGCACGUGGAUGAUUAAGGAAUACCAAACAGAUCACAGUGAAGGUGCUGAAUUAUUGGUUUCAAGAAAGCAGGCCAUGCUGGUGGGGCUGGGCCUUAUAACUGACUAGCUCUGGCAGGCCCAAGUUUGUUACCUUCACAAGUGCAGUCUGAGGAUGGUGGAUGCCUAACUCCCUGUGUCCCUGAAUGGUCCUGUCCUUGGAGAUUGAAUCAAGAGAGCACUUCACAGAGCUUCCUGGCACAUCUCAUUAACAACUCCUGCCAUUUACUUACGGUUUAAGUAUAUCAGCUGACUUUCCACUUGCUUUUCUUUUCUGAAAUUGUUAAUUAUCUGGCACACAAGGGUAAAUUCUGAGUUCUGUGGUGUGCGUGUGCUUAUGUGUUGUGUGAGAGAAAAUGUGUACUUGUGUCUGUGUGUGCAUGUGCCCAUACUUUCCUACAGUGUCAAGUAGAUAUUUUCAGUUUUUUUGUUUUGUUUUGUUUGUUUGUUUGUUUGUUUUCUUUUAAAGCAAGGCUGAAAUCUUAUACUCCAGAGUGUAAUGUGCUUUGUGUUCUCAGGCUAAGAGUGCGAACAUCCCAAGAGUACUCCGCGUGGAAUAUGUGUUUGCAAGCCUAAUGGCAGGCAUGGCAAACACACUAUCAUUUAUUAUUCUGUCUUUCAGAUGUUAUUCAUUUAGAACAAAUAAGGUAUAUUUUUAGAAUCAAAUUUGUAAACACUAUAAAAUCUUUAAUAAGUUAUAAGGUCUAUGAUAUGUUUACUUUGAAAAUUGCUGUUGAAAGCAAGAUGUAUUAAAUAUGUAAUUAUCACC